GAAUUCUAAAUUUAGAAAGUUAAAGGCUAUAUCUAUCCAGUUUGAGUGAGAUUAUUAUUUCAUAGUAGAAGAAACAGCGGCCGAGAUGGAAGACCUCAGUUUAGGAGAGAUAUACACAUCUGAAAAGCGAGGAUCAGAUGAAAGUGGAAAUGGAACAGAAGAAAAUCCUUUCAAAACUGUUAUACAGGCUAUCCGACAUGCAGGAAAGGAACCAUUUCCGAACAUUUUUGUUGAUGCUAAGGAAGCAGGAAAGGUAUGGGAACCAGUUGCAAAAACACAGCUGAAGAAGCAGCAGAAAAUUUCGCAGAAAGAAAAGAACACAGAUCCAGAAAAAGACAAGAAAGAGGCAGAGGAUGCAGAAAAGCGAGAGAGAAAUUUGGAGGAGGCCAAAAAGAUUGUGAUAACUGAAGAUGCCACUCUCCCAGCGGCCAAACAGAUUAAAAUAAGAGAUUCUGUGGCUAAGCGAGAUGUACGUGUGAAGGUUUAUGGCUGGGUGCACAGGAUGAGGAGACAUGGUAAAAACAUGAUGUUCAUUGUUCUGAGAGAUGGUACAGGAUUUUUACAGUGUAUUUUGUCUGAUAAACUGUGUCAUACAUACGACGCCCUGCUGUUAUCUACAGAGGCGGCUAUUUGUGUCUACGGUAAAAUCUCGGUUGUUCCUGAGGGGAAAACUGCCCCUGAUGGACAUGAAUUGAAUGCAGACUUUUGGGAAUUGAUUGGGGCGUCCCCUCCAGGAGGAGUUGAAAAUGUCCUCAAUGAAGAUGCCAAUGUAGAUGUUCAGCUGGACAACCGCCAUAUGGUGGUGAGGGGAGAAAAAAUGUCCAAGGUAAUGAUGAUGAGAUCGGUCGUGAUGCAGUGCUUCAGGGACCACUACUUCAACAGGGGAUACUAUGAGGUGACGCCGCCAACCCUUGUGCAAACACAAGUAGAAGGUGGUUCAACGUUGUUCAAAAUGGAUUAUUUCGGAGAUAUGGCAUAUCUGACUCAAUCCUCACAGCUGUACCUGGAGACGGUAAUACCCUCCAUGGGGGAUGUGUUCUGUAUAGCUCAGUCAUACAGGGCCGAAAAGUCUCACACAAGGAGGCAUCUAACAGAGUACACACAUAUAGAGGGUGAGUGCCCUUUCAUCUCAUUUGACGAUCUGUUGGACCGACUAGAGGAUCUUGUUUGUGAUGUCGUAGAUCGAGUUCUCAAGUCUCCCUAUGGCAAAGUUGUCAUGGAACUCCACCCUGAAUUCAAACCACCGAAGAGGCCAUUUAUGAGAAUGCCUUAUACUGAUGCUAUAGAGUUUCUUCGUGACAACGAUAUCAAGAAAGAUGACGGCACAUACUACGAGUUUGGAGAGGAUAUCCCCGAGGCCCCCGAGAGGAAGAUGACAGAUAUGAUUAACGAACCCAUACUGCUGUGUAAAUUUCCAACAAACAUCAAGUCUUUCUACAUGCAGCCCUGCUCUGAUGACCCCAGACUGACCGAGUCUGUGGACGUGUUGAUGCCCGGUGUCGGAGAAAUUAUUGGAGGGUCCAUGAGGAUGUGGAAACACGAACAGCUGAUGGAAGGGUUCAAGAGAGAGGGGAUUGAUCCCGCCAACUAUUACUGGUAUACAGAUCAGAGGAAGUAUGGCUCCUGCCCUCAUGGAGGGUAUGGCCUGGGACUUGAAAGGUUCCUGUGCUGGCUUCUCAAACGACAUCACAUCAGAGAAGUCGUCCUAUAUCCUAGAUUUACCGAUAGGUGUAGACCGUGAAGGGACCAUGAUAUUAAUGAAGUAACAAAGUGCACAUUAUCUAUCAGUAUACCACGUUGGUAGUGGACGCAGUAUACCACGUUGGUAGUGGACGCAGUAUACCACGUUAGUAGUGGACGCAGUAUACCACGUUGGUAGUGGACGUGUAUUUCCCUGGCUUUUUCUUGCUUUUUCAUGCUUCAUAUGCAGAUAUAUACAUUGAAAUGCUAUAUUAUUAGAACCUUUUACGACAGAAAAAAUACAAUGCUUCACUAAUCUUAUAUGCGUAUAUAUAAUCGAAAAAUUAUAGUACAUAUGCUGUUGUACUUGCUAUGAUAGUACGGAAAUAAUGGAUGUCUAUUAUACAUAAGAAAUGAGUGAAAUGUUACUCUUAGAAGAAAGACUCAUUAGAAGUGAAGCUGGAGAUCUGAUUAAUAGUUCUCAUUAAUUUUCCUGCACAACAUUGAUAAAACAAGAUACUGCAUAUGAUAUUGAGUUUAGUUGUUUGCACAUGUUGAAGUAUGAUUGUGCUUACAUUAUAUUAAUUUAGUGAUAAAUAUAUUUGGUAACCCAUGUUUAACUAGUAAUUUGUGAAAGUUCCCUGUUGACACAGGAGUGAUAAGAAAAAGGUAUUGGAGGAGUAGGAAAUAAUGAUUUACGUUUUACGUUGAUUAAUCUAGUAGUUUGGACCAAACUAAACGGCAGUUUUACCAUUUAAUUAGAAUGUGCCAUAAACUGUUCCCAUCGGAUCUUUUGCAGAUGUCAUCUAACACCUCUCAUUCUGAUACCAUUUAAUUACGGUAGGGUAGGACGAGAAUUUAACAAUGUGAAACAGUUUGUUUUCUAAUGUGUGUCAUAAAAUGGAUAUGUUUAUGAGAAAUUGAAUUGAACUUGUACAAUUUAUCUUUUUAAAUUGUAUAUGGAAGUACUCUUUGAGAUUAAUAAGUAGCUUGUUACUAAUGGUUAUGCACAUGGAAUUACACACCUGCAUUGUAGUAUGAGACUUGAUAUUCCAUAUAGUGAAAUAGGUUUAAAAUGGAUAUACAUCAAAAAACUAUUCUUUAGCAUGAAAGUUGAGGCUCAUUGUUUAACUAACACCAAACAUGAAUUUUUAAGGGGUUAUCCAGUCUUGGUUUCAAAGAUGUGAAACCGACACCAAACGAUUUGUGUUCUCAUUAUUUUCAUGUACACUGCAAAGAUGUAUCCCCCUAUAUGAAAUAAUAUCAGAAAGAUAACUACUCAAGGUUCAGGAAACCUGAUAUCAAAGAUACCACCCCCACCAAUGUCAUAACAUGUUGUCUAUUAAAUCAAGAACUCAGGUAAAUAUAUCCUUUUGUAUGAGGAUUUCUGGAUCAUAAGCUUUAUGAUGAAGUUUAUUGCAUAAAAUUAUUGACUUCAGAAAACAUCUUAAUAACUUGUUGAAUAAAUGUGGACACCAUCACGAACGAACAAUGUGAAAUCAAUUUAUUUCUUUGUAGACUUUAUCCUACAUACCUUUGAGGCAUUUAUGUGUUUAAAGUUGAACGUUCUUCAACUAAAGCCAUGUUUAGAAAAAAAUGAAAAUAUUAUGGCCAACUAAGAAAAAAGAUGUAUUUUGUAUGUAACAUGGACACCAUUCUACACGUUACGCUACGACUGCAGAACUUUUAUUUUACAUUACCUUAAAACUUAUUACUUCAAUAAAUGUCUUUAAGUAUAUACCUUUACGUUUUAUUAAUCAUGCAUUUACUAAGUGAAAAUUAUUAUAGUUAUUAAACAGUUUUAAACAUGUUUUACUGGUAUAACUUGUUCCUUAUUCGUGUAUACUUGCUUCUAUGCUUCGUUAAUUGAAACUACAUGUCAGAAUAAUUUGGACACGACUUAAGAAGUUAACACAUGUUGUAUUCACUUGUAUACCAGAAAUAUGAUGUCUGCUUAAAAAUAAAAUCAGCUUGUUGAUGAG